CAGAGGCUGUGGUGUUCUAGCCUUACAGGAUUUUUAUCUUUUUGGAUACUAUUUCAUACUAACUCAUAUUUUAUUAUAGCCAUUUCUGAGUCGAAUUGACAAGGUUUAAGGAAAUCGCCAGCGGGUGAGGAUUUGGUUUCAUUUAUUUUCCGUAAUUUGACUGAGAAAGCGUCUCCUUUGAAUCGACACAGAAAACGUGUGACAAGACGGUUUGUGGAUGUGAUCAGGGAACUUCUUACCAGCCAAAUGGAAGCUGUGGAGUUAAUGGAACAAUCACCUGAAAAUGUGACCGAACAAGACAAAGAUGGUGAAGCAAUUGACAUUGAUGCUCUUAUUCCUGAUAAGUCACCCAGCUCUGGACCCCAGAGUGACUAUGGUUAUGAUGAGGAGUAUCCUAAAAGUCAGGAAUCUAUGAUAACUGAUGCUCAGAGUGCUGAAUUAAAUGAAAAUGAAGCAAGUGUUGAAGAGAGUGACAGUGAAGAAAGCCCAGAGUCACCACCAGCUCAAUAUGCAUCUCCAAUGGAACAUGAGUUUCCAGUUGUUGUUGAACAGCAACAACCUUUAAACAUCAGAUCACCUGUUGAUAUGCAGCAGGGGGAAGGACCCAUAUCUCCUAGUCCAGAUCAUGACGAAGAGAGUCCAGGUAGUCCUCAAGAACUGCAAACUGAGACCAGUUCUCAUUUGCAUGAAGCAAGUGAUGCAAUGGAAGAUAAAGAAGAUACCCAAGGUUCUGAGCAAGGUGAAGCAAGUUCUGUUCCAGAAGAAGGUGAUAGUGUACAGAAUACAUGGGGAGAUGACACCCCAGCAUCUCCAGAACCAUCAUCUAUGACAGAAAAUGACUCUGCAGUUUAUCCUCAACAAGAAGACCUGGGUGCAGACUCCACAGUUGACCAAGAAGAUGCAAUAGCAACUUCUUUUGCCCCGAUAGAAGAUGGACAACAUGCUGACAGCUCAGGGCACAUUUCAUCACCUCAGAGUCCAUCUAUUGACAAGGUUUCUGAAGCUGUGGCUGAAUAUCAAAAUAAGGAACAGUGUGAUUCAAAGGAAGAAGAGGACCUGUAUUCUCUUGACCUGAUGGAAGGAAACACUGAACAGAACGAGGAUGGUGUAUGUGACAGUGCUGUCAGCUGUAGGGAAGCAAUGGCAAGAGAUUCUGAUGAUAGUGUCAGAGAAUCAGAAUCUUCCCUGCAUGAUGACAAGCAUUCUUUACCUCAGGUUGAUGCAGAUUCCAAAGUAUCUCAGAGUAUUGACAAACCACAAAUAUUCUCAGAAAGCGAUGUCAGUGUGCCCAUUGUACAUAGUAGUGUUGUUACUAGUUCACCCAGGGCUUCAAUAGAGCAUAGCAGUGCACCUUCUAAUGAUACAUCUGGUAGCUCUGAAGUGUCACAAAGUAACAUUGAUCCAGAGUCAGAUGUUCAUAGUUCAAGGGACCCGGAAAAAGAUAUUUUGAGGAACAUUUCUGUGGAAAAUGUAGAUGCUCUUAGAAAAUUUGAGGACAUAGGUGAAAAUCGCAAUUCCAGAGCCAUCCCUAAUGGUCAUGAUAUUUCUCCUGUCCACAGAGACAGUGAUAAAGCAGGUAAGGUGCAGUCAAAUACCAGCUUCAAUGAAGAGCAUGUUGAGCUAGAUUACGAUGAAGAGGAAGGUGAUGAUAUGCAUGGGCAUGCCAAUGACUCCAAGGAAGCAGUUGAAGAUGAGGACAGGCAAAAGGAUGGAGAUGAAAAGCAGGAUGGGGAACUGUCGUCGUCUGAUGAUGAAAAGGAUGAUGGCGAACUUGAAGAUGAUGAAGAUUGUGAGGAAGGGGAGAUAAGAGAGCCUGGAGGAAGGCGGCCAUUUGUGAAACCUAUCUGCCGUUUUUUCACCAAGGGAAAUUGCACAUGGGGAAAUAACUGUCGCUUCCUGCAUCCUGGAAUAAAUGAUAAAGGCAACUACCGGUUAUUUGAACCGCCAGGCUACAAUGGUGGUGUGCUGGGACGGCUUGGACCAACUUGGGGUCCAGAGCCUGGUAUAGAACCGGAGUUACCUCCCCCUCCUCCGGAACCCCCUGCGACAGAGUCAGCCUGGGAGAGAGGCUUGAGGCAUGCAAAGGAGAUGCGUAAAAAGGCCAACAUGAGGAAAGAACAGGAGACCAAUUUUGAGGAGAAGCGUAUGAACUUGUCCCUUGAUGAGGAGCGCGAGGUGAACAAGGAGAAUGAGAGGAACAAGUAUGUGAAGGAUCCCUACUAUGACCAAUAUGAUGAUGAGGAGUACUAUGGGAAGUCUCAGGUCCAUGGCUGGCAGGCUGGGUCAUACGAGAACUUUGAAGUUCGAUGGACAAGGGAACAGGAAUUCUCUCCAUACAGGCAUGAGAAGGAACGUGAACGUUUUAAAGAACGCCGCUACAGUCCUCCACUUGAUAGAAUUGAGCGAUUGGAACGUCAGAUGUUCGACACACCACCUCGUACCCGGGAUGAACGGAGAGACAAGUACCGGGACAACAGAAUGGAGCCUCCUCCACCAGCCCAGAUGCCUCGGGGCCGUGCAGAUGAGUGGCACGAUCCUUGGCAGAGGUCAAAGUCUCCAAAACAGAAACGACGUAGUUCCCGAAGUCAUUCUCGCGGGAGACGAAGACGACGGUCUUACAGUGUAUCAUCUCAUUCAUCAAGUUCCUACUCUUCAUCCAGAUCACGAUCCUCUUCAUUUUCAUCCCGUAGUAGUCGCUCAUCGUACAGUCGCUCAUCAUCAUUCAGCUCGAGAUCUCCCUCCCCACGGCCAGUAGGCUCGAGGAAGUCGGGUCCACCACCACCAGAGAAGAAACAGCUGCCACCCUCAAAAUCUUCUACUGGUAGAAAAGGGCCCACUUCUGAUGAGAGAAAAGUGCCUCCACCCUCCAAGAACAGUGAUCAACCUCGAAGUGCUGUUACUGUCAAAUCCAAACAGAGAAGUCCCGACAAGCGGGCUCCAGGACCAACAGGUCCGCCAGGAAAACCUGGACGACCAGGCCCCAUGAUGGAGGACCGGGGACGAAGGAGGGACAAACCACCUCAUUUGCCAGCACCACGGCCCACGCCUCGGGCUGGCAGCAGGAGCUCCAGUGGCAGCAGUUUGUCUCGAUCCCGGAGUAGCAGCAGCUCUUCCUUCUCCCGCUCCGGCAGUGGCAGUAGUGGGUCGUCAAGGUCAAGGUCUCGUAGUUCCUCCACCAGCUCCAGUGGCAGUGCUGAUUCAGAACACUUGUACCGAGAUCUGCCAGGCAGCAACAGGCCUGUCUCUCCAAAGAAGAAGGUGAUGACCAAAGAUAAAAGGGUUGACAAGCCACCAUCAAAACACAAUGAGCCUCAUCCUCCUCGCAGGAGAGAUAUUGAUCAGGAGAGGGAACGGGAGAGAGAUAGGGAUAGGGACAGAGGAGAUGACCGUAUGUCGAGGCAAGAUGGACGAUCAGGCAUCCGAGGGAAGGGACCUCCACCAAGCCGCCAGCCGACCACACCGGUCAAACCAAAGGAUCCCCUCAAGUUGGUUGGACAGAAGUCCAACAUUAAGCUUACCCUCCUCAACAAGCCUGCUGACAAGCCGAUUGGGGGUCCAGGCCCUGGUCCUUCAGCUGCCAAGAGAAGGCAGUCCGACUCUGCUACAGGACCUCCCUCGAAACGACAGGCCAUCAUAUCACCACCACCUGCCAAGGCUGCAUCAGGCGAGAAGCAAAAGGUGCCGUCAAGACCUGAAAAGAUGAAAUCUCCACCCAAGGACAAGCCAAUCUCUCCAACUAAGGCGCCAUCUAAACCUCCUGUGGCAGCAGCCAAGGCUGCUCCUAGUGGCAAGGGGGCACCUGCUCCAGGUGUGCCCCCACCUUUACCAACUCCCCCAGUCCCAGCAGUCAAACAGAAGAAGAGCAUGUCCUCACGACGAGAAGAGCUUCUUAAACAACUUAAGGCAGUGGAAGAUGCUAUAGCACGGAAGAAAGCAAAAAUGCAGUGAUGAUAGUUUCUGUAUAAUAGGUGUAAAUACUAUAUUUUUAUUUCUAUUGUAUGAAGGGAGAAAGAUACACUGUCCUAAAAUCUGUUUCGGUAAUUAUUGAUUUGAGAUGACCUUUUCUGUUGGCGCAUGUUUAAUUUAACAUGAAUGAAGUGUGAUAUAGGAACUGUCAGUUUCACAUGCAGGAAGCAUUGACUCCCAUGUAAAUAGACACAAGGCCAUUAGUGGUGUGCAAGUUGGAAGGAUUUUAGGAAUGUCUGAUUGAAUUCAUUGCAAUAUAUGAAGCAACUUUGUUCUUGACAGGUGGAGAUUUGAAAUUGAUCUUUUCUAAAACUGUACUGUUAUAAUAAUCAGUGAUAUUUUUUUCCAUUAUGUAUCAAUUGCAGUAUGUGUAUCAUUGGAACUUACAAGUGAUCACCAAUGGUGUAGUUUGAACUGCAGAAACUACCAAUGCUAAUAAUGAUGGCUCAGCAUGAAUAAAUGUGGUAUCUUACAAAAUCAAGAUACAUCAAUUCAGUACUUUCUGUUCUUGAUUUAUUUAUGAUUUGCCCAAUUUGAAAUUCAGUUAAGAAAGGACUCAUGAAAUAUGUAUUACAUAUAUAUAUAUAGAAUCUUACCAGAAUGUCUUGAUAUCACCACGAGUCGAUAAACGUUUAUAUCAUCUCACUCUUUGUUUGUAAACAGUAAUAAGUAGUGUCUUGGACGGGGAAAAAAUACUGCUUACCUGGUUCAGUUACAGAGAUUAGUGAUGUCACAAUUGUCUGUUAAGCAUUGUGAUGCAAUUUCAUUGCAGUAGUAUCUCCUUUGGGGAGGCCAGUUUUGGAUGAUAAAUGGCUUUGACUGAAGAAAUAUGUAAUUAAGUACUUUAUAUUGUCUGAGCAGCUUCGUCAUAUUUAUCAAGGAACAUGUUAAUUGUGUAGACUUAAGGUCUUGGCGCUCAUACACAUGAGCACAUUUUCUAUGAAGAAUAGGACAUUGCAAUUUGUCAGCAUUAUAUAAAGUUACAAGAUCCAAUAGAAAUAUUUACUUCUUGUUUCACAAUUAUUUUUUGGGUCUUAUGCCAACAUUAAUCUUAAAAGUUCUUUUAUCGUCUGUAGGUAUUUUGAGUUUGUUCAUAAGAAGCCGUUAAAGUGCUUUAGUGGUGUGUUAUGGAUUUAGGAAUGUCAGUCAUCAUGAACUGUACAUAUAUCAUUUUCAUUUCCGGGUGUGGAUAAUAAAUUUAUAGAAUUGCUUGAAAGAAUCAUGUUUGUGGCCCUAGGGAAUGCAUCUUGGCAUGUGCAUUUCCUUUGGAGAAAAACCAUUCUUAGAAGACUAUGGGUAUCACAGUAGUCCAUGUAAACUAGAAAGGCAAGGUGAUUUCAGAAGGGUCAGACACUUGCAUUUACUUUUCAAUGCCAGGUCCACAACACUUUUUUUGUACACGAGUGCCAGUGGCAAUAUGAAAUAAAAUUAUGACAAUA